GUUACUAUAAAGAGAAACCUGUAUAUACUCUACAAUACAAGCUAGUAAUUAAGCUAAGUACUUAGAAUGUUCUAUUCAUACCAAAAACAUCAGAUCAUAUCUGAUCAUAUGACAUUCUCUGAUCAAAAUCUUGAGAAACAUAAAUGUAGAGUUUAGCUUCAUUUUUCUGGUCAAUAAAUGUAGAGUUUAGCACACACAAAAAAAAAACAUUUAUGUAUACAUAUGAACACAAAAACACUUGAAUUGAAGUAACUGUGAGAAUAUAAUGGGCCAAAGCUAUUUAGGCCCAUUUAUAAACCCAAUAUCAUUUGUCUGAACGAAACUCAGAUUAUGUCGGAGAAAUGAGCAAAAAAACUCAAACGAGCAAGAAGAAUCUGGAGAAAAAGGAAACUAGAACGUGAUUCGAAAUGGGGAUAGUAGCAGCGAUCGGAGUUUUAUUGCCAUUUCCGUUCUACUGGUGGCUAUGGACGAAUCCUCAGUCAUGGGUCAAUCUCUGCGGCCAAGGAAGAGACCCUUCAAUGAUGAUGGCACGUGUGUCUCACGUCCUCAAGGCUGCUCAGCUCCUCUCUCUCUUCUCCGUCGCGUCUCUCUCCUGGCCUCCUCCUCUCUACUUCUGGCCCCUCAUGGCCUUUGGCCAGUUUCUCAACUUCAGGGUAUAUCAACUGCUAGGUGAAGCUGGAACAUAUUACGGUGUUAGAUUCGGGAAGAACAUACCUUGGGUUACAGAGUUCCCGUUUGGGGUCAUCAGAGAUCCACAGUAUGUUGGGAGUGUUAUGUCUCUAUUGGCUUGUCUCUCUUGGGUUCCAUUCCAAUACAUUCUCCUCUGGUGUCUCGGUUAUGUUUUCAUGAUGUUUGUCGAGUCAAAGGAGGAUCCAAGUGCUCGUGCCAAAUCCAUCUCUUGAUUUCUUUGGCAUAAACCAUUAGUUAAUAGAGUUUUAACUCCCAUGAAAGUGAUGUCUACAUUUCUUGUUGUUUUGACUGUUUCUAUUCUCAGCUUUGUACCCAAAUUGAUUUUUUAGUACCACGGAUAAUGCAGUUAGACUUUAUACAUUUUGUUAAAUCAGAACAUUAUUGGAAAUGCUGUGAUUAAUUAAACAGAAGUACAAAAUAUGUAACAAAACAUAAACCAUUAGCCAGAAGACUAAUAAGAAGUUACCACAAAAAAGAUAAUAGUUGAGAUUGGAUCAUUUGAUAAGUACAUUUUAAACGUUAUCAACCAAAAGCCUACUCAGAGCCAAGUCCCUGUCUACUCGUUCAUGCAAACAGCUGGUCUCACAAAUGACCAUCUCACUAGCUGCUUCAGACACCAAGUAUGCAUGUCCAAGAAAGAGAGAAUAGUUUAACACUGUGCUGCUUAGUUUGUUAUUAUGAUGUUAUGUGUUUGCAUUUGUGUAGAUGUUUUUGUUGUCAAACUAGGUAUUGGAGAUUGCAUGAAAAGGAUUACAUCAUUACAUGUUACAUUUUCAGUAUGGGAAGGGAAUAUAAUCUACUGUCUCUCUCUCUCAUAUGCCAAGUUCAGUCUAAAAACACUAACAAAAUUUGAAACUAAGCUACUUGUCGUUUUGAUUCUGUUGGUACAAUCUACCGGUAACAGCUGCUGCUAAUGCUGCUGUGAACUUAGGAUCUUUUGUCAAGGAAGAAGCCAUUUGCUCUACCAAAAGUUUCUGAACUUCUGGAAAAUCUAUUCUUGAUGGGCUCGUUACUUUCUUUGACUCAGUCAGAUCAAUGGUAGUCACAGGCUCAGCUAAGCUCUUACUUAUGUUGGCAGCAGCAGCUUGACCACCAAGAGAACGGUUUAGGCCACUGUUUGAAUCAAUUUGUGACGGCAUUGGAUGGUUAUGUUCACCCUCAUAAGUUGCUACCAACACAGACUGAUCCUCCACACUUCUUUGAACCUAAAGACAACCAGAAUCAGAUUAAUAUGCUUAAGAAGUUAAUUCUCUUGAUAAUUUUCUUUCUUAAUCUUUGAUUAGUAGUACCUUCUUUUUGACAGAACAGCUUGGAGCACAAGCACAUUUGAAGUAAGCUCUUGGAGAUGGAUUGUCUCUUGUCACUUUCUGUCCAUAUUUCCUCCAUUGAUACCCAUCUUUCACUACCUAUAUUAGCAACACAACUUAAAAUCAAUAAACUAUAUAUAAAUUUUGAAGUUUCUAAAUAUAGACAUCAUUCAUGAAAAGGCUUACAAGGGUAGUGUCAGAUGCUUCGGUCUUGUAAUAAACCCUUGAAACUUUCUCCUUCACAACAGUCUCUUCUCUUUGCUUCUUACAUAUAUACUGAUCAUCUUGAUCCGUAGAGCUACUUUCCGACACUCCACCGACCACAGCCGAGCUAACUGCGUCAUCUCUCGCUGGAGAUUUGCGUUUCUUGGGAGGACUUACAUGGUCUCUCUCGGCUAUGUUCUUCUUGUUAACAUAUUCCAUCAGCUGUUUCCUCAAAACGUUGUACUUGUCAGACAUCAGAGUUAGCAUCUCUGAGAGCUUCUUGUUCUCAGCAUUCAUUCGGUUUAAUUCAUCCACCAAAGCAGUUGUCUGCAGUUAAUCAUUUAUAUAUAUUGCAUGAAGUUAGUAACCGGAAUCCAGAUGUAUUAACAUAUUAUAAGACCUAGAGUUUUCUGUUACAAUCAAAUAUCAAGAACUCAACAUAUAGAUCAGUAGCUCCCAUUUUUUGGGUUAAAAUACUAUCAAGUUUUUUCAAGUUUAUCUCUAAAUAUAAAGUAUAUCCAAAACUCUCUGUGUGUAUACAUAUAUAAUAUAUGUGCGUAUGUAAAGAUAUUUACAUAUGCAAAUCUGUAGAGAGUUGCAAAUUUCUAUACAUAUUUUUGGUAAAAUGAAAACAAAUAUAUACACAUGUGUUCAUAAAAAAUGAAGUACUGAUGUAAGUGAAACUUUUUUUUGUAGAUGUUAAGUAUCAACAAUACAAGAGAAGCAUACCGUGGAAUCUUCUUCAACUCGGAU